AACAUUUGCUGAUUAGAAAGAAGGAUCAGACAACAUCUCCAGGAUUGAGUUUUAAAGCAAUAGCCUGGUCCAUUUGGUUGCUGAAGUUCUCAGAUGAAACGAGAGUGGGGCAGAAUGACGUCUUCAACAGCCUUUCUCCUAAUUCUGACCACAAUAAUAUCUGCAGGUCUUGUUCACAGCCAAAGAAUAUAUACCCCAACAAACCCUGUACCAGUGGGCAGCAACUUGACCAUUUUCACUGAUGUUAGUGUCACAGUGGGGGCCUGGUUAUUCAACAACGAUAUCCUUGUGUUCAUUUUCCCGGGAGGGCAAAUCAUAAAUGAUGCACAUAAGGACAGAGUUUUAUAUGAUUCAUCUACAUCAUCUCUGACUAUAAUUUCAGCCACACUGGAAAACUCUGGAAAGUACAAAUUACAACAAAUAAAUGUUUUUAUUGCAAAUUUAGACAUCUCAAUCCAAGUGCCUGUUACAAAUGUAACUCUGUCGGCAAGGAAAAUAAAUCUGAUCGAAUAUAAUGACACGGCAGUCCUCGUGUGCUCUGUGUCCAACGGCUCAUCUUUGUCCUAUACUUGGUUGGAUGGGAACUCAGUAAUCGUUGAUGGUGGAAAUGUACAGUUCAGCAAUCAAAAUACGACUCUUACCAUAUCCAUGGUGGCCAGCUAUAAUCAGGGUCCAUACAGGUGCAAUGUGUCCAAUGGAAUUGGAUAUGAAGUUAGUGCUCCUCUACUGUUGAACAUCAGUUAUGGUCCAAAAAAUACCACAAUAACAGUCAAUCCUGUGAAGACUAUCUACAAAACAGGAUCAAACGUCUCGCUGUUGUGCUCAACCGAGUCCAGCCCUUCAGCGAUAAUCCACUGGAUGUUUAAUGACACGUAUCUGAACCAGUUUGGUCCACAGCUUACCUUAGAGAGCAUCAGUGCAAGCAACUCGGGAAAUUACAAAUGUGUGGUUUACAACGCUGUCACACUGAGGUCCAGCAGUGCAAGUAGAGUGAUUCAAACUAUGGAUCCUCUCACAACAGUUGCUGUGAUUCAAACUGGUGGCCCAGCAGCUCUUCAUGAACCAUUCACUCUGAUUUGUGACGUGCCUGAACCUGCUGACACUGUUUUGUGGUGGAAGGAUGAUCAACUCAUUUCUGCUGAUAACACAACAGUCUUUGACGUGACCAACAAAACACUCACUAUAAGUUCAGCCCAACUUUCUGACAACGGAAACUAUCAGUGCCAAGCUUUUAAUGCUGUUAGCAACAUGACCAGCAGCCCCUACGAGCUUCAAGUUCAUUAUGGACCAGACAUGCUCACCAUCGUGGGACCAAAUGUGGUGAAAACAGGAGACAAUGUUACACUCAGCUGUCAUGCAGAAUCGGUACCACCAAGCCUCUAUAGAUGGUACUUCAAGGGGUCUAUAGUCUCCAACAUGUCUGACUACAUCACACCUCCUCUAUCUAAAGACAUGAGUGGGAAAUACAUCUGCAUGGCAUUCAAUAACAUCAUCAACAAAAACAGCACUGACUUCAUAAUGCUUACUGUUGUUGACCCAAUUGAAAAGGUUCAAAUUGAGGCUCAGGCACAUGAUGCUAUAGAAGGAGAUUCGUAUGUGUUAACGUGCAUUGUAACGGGAACUGUUGACCGUAUUUAUUGGAUGAAAAAUGGUGAACCACUUCAGGCAGACAACAGAACUGUUUUCGAGAUGGAUAACCAAACAGUCAUGUUCAUGACUGUGGAACGUUCUGAUGCCCAACACUACCAGUGCAUGGCUAUUAAUGCUUUUGGAAACAUGACCAGUGAUUCUUACUGGCUCCUGGUCAUCUACGGACCAGAGACACCAACCAUUUGGGGACCAAAUGCGGUCAGGAGAGGAAACAAUGCCACACUCAGCUGUCAGGCAGCCUCGGUCCCUCCAAGCAUCUUCAAGUGGUAUUUCAAUGGAUCUAUGGUCUCCAAUAUGUCUGAGUAUGUCACACCUCCUUUAACCAAUGAAAUGAGCUGGGAGUACAUCUGCACGGCCUUCAACUACAUCACCGGCCAAAAUAGCACUGCCUCUGUAAUGCUUACAGUUAUUGAUCCAAUUGAAUAUAUCCAAAUAGAAGCUGCUAUGGACUCUUCCAUUGAAGGUGGUGCACAUGAAUUAACAUGCAACGUAAUAGGAACUGUUGAAUAUAUUAAUUGGAUGAUCAAUGGUGAACCACUUUAUGCCGACAACAGCACUGAUUUCUCCAUGGAUAAUAAGACUGUCAUGUUCAACCCUCUGGCCCAGUCUCAUACUGGGGACUAUCACUGCAUGGCAACGAAUGCUUUAGAGCGCAUGGUCAGCUCUGCUUACAGUCUCCUUGUCUAUUAUGGACCAGAGAUGCCAACUAUCAUGGGACCCAAUGAGGUGAUGAUGGGAGGCAGUGUCACACUGAGCUGCCAAGCAGCAUCAAGCCCCCCAAGCCAAUACACAUGGUAUUUCAAUGGUUCUCUGGUUUCCAAUAUGUCCACAUUAGUCACUCCUCCUUUGACCAAAGGCAUCACCUGGAAAUACAUUUGCAUGGCCUCCAACUACAUAACCGGCAAAAACAGCAAUGCCUCCAUAAUUAUUACAGUUAAUGAUCCAAUUGAAACUGUACAGAUUGCGGCUCAAAUGAAACCUGCCAUUGAAGGUGAUUCGUAUGAGCUAGCAUGCAAUGUGACAGGAACUGUUGAUUAUAUUUAUUGGAUGAAAACUGGUGAACUACUUCAGGCUGACAACAGAAUUAUUUUCAACAUGGGUAAUAAGACAGUCAGGUUCAUGUAUGUGGAUCGCUCUGAUACUGGAGACUACAAAUGCAUGGCUAUGAAUGCAAUUGAAAACAUGACCAGCGCUUCUUACAGUCUGCUUGUUAACUUUGGACCAGAGACACCCAUCCUUUGGGGACCAGCGUAUGGUGAAACAGGAAGUCAAGUUGUAUUCAACUGCGAUGCCAUGUCGGUGCCUCUCAGUUCUCUCAGUUGGUGGUUCAAUGAAUCCAUGAGGACCAAUUCGUCAGUGUUUAACACUGGCCCUUUGACUUUAAACAUGAGCGGGACAUACACUUGCAUGGCCUACAAUCACGUGACGGGAAAGAACAGCACAAACUCCACGAUGCUCACAGUCAUAGAGGCAAUACAGUCAGUGACGAUCCUCAACAGCACGAUGCCAGUAAACCGUGAAAACUUCACGCUCACAUGUCACAUUGUUGGGCCCUAUGACACAAUCCACUGGAAGAAAGAUGGCAUGUAUCUCAACAUGAACGCUUCCAGCACCAACUCUUCCAUGUACCACAUUGAAAAGAACAGUCUUCACUUCACCUCUUUGACUGUGGAAAAUAAUGGGAACUACCAGUGCAUUGCUAUCAAUAAGGCUGCGCUCCAUAAAAGCCCCACGUACAUCCUCAGCGUGAACUAUGGUCCUCUGAACGUGCUCAUCUCUGGCCCAGCUUCAGAAAAACCAAAUGUCCCUGUGACUCUGACAUGCUCUGCUGACUCGCAGCCAAAGUGUGACUUCCAAUGGUUCCUGAACAAUAAGUCAAUGCCUGUAGGGAAUGGAUCCAUUUUCACUUUCAACUCACAAAAAAGUAAUGAGGGGAACUACAUAUGUGAGGCCACAAAUCAAGUGACAACGCUCAAACUGAUGCAGACUAAAACGUUUAUUGUUGCAGCCCAGGCCUCUGCGACUCAUUUCAUCACCAAAGGAAGUCUGAUGUUCAUGAGUCUCUACGCUCUUUCGGCCCACUUGCUUUUUCUUUGAGUCGUUGUGAAAUCCAGCCAGAAGGCUUUUUGCUUUCUCUAAAACCUUCAAAAUCAAUCUUAUAUUGAAACAUAUACCCAUAUAUAAUGUGUGCAUAUGCACAUUAUAUGCAUAUAUAUAUUAUACAGUAAUACUGUAACUGUCUUAAUUAUUAGCAAAUUAUGCUACUUCUGAGUUUUAUCACUGUUGUCACUUUUAUGAGAGGUUUACCCUAUGCACAUAAAUGAACACAUUAUUUUACAAUGACAAUCAUAAGUAUCUCUUCAAAUGGCUCUAAACCUCUUUAAAAUUAUUUGCCACUGUCCCACUGAAUCGCUGCUCUUUUUCUUGGUUGAACAUUAUUUAAGUUAGAUCAAAAUGUGGACAUUUAUUUGAACAUGUAUUUACUACAUUUAAUUGCUAAUCAAAUAAACAAAUGCAACUGA